GCCUUGAUCAUAUGACAAACACGGAAGUUCAGGCGAAGCACAGCGAUUGUUUUCUUCUAAGUGAGUACAGGAGUUGUAGUGCAGCUUGUGGUUGAAAUAAAAGGCUUCCGUUAGAGGUUCACGCUCAGAAAGAAAAAUGUGGAAGUGCAGCCCCUGGACAUUCUUCCCUAUCCUGUACUCCCUCUUCACUGCUGCAGGCCUCUGGGUUGUAUGGGAUGGCUACAAGGAUCCUCCAUAUAUCAGUAAUGCAGGUGAUGCCCCUCCGGCCAGCUGUGUUUUCAGCCAGGUCAUGAACAUGGCAGCCUUCGGGGGCUUCAUCCUGGGUGUGCUGCGCUAUCUGCAGUUGAAGCAAUGUCCCUGUGGCAACGUAGGCAGUCUGUUGGUAAUCUCCCUUGCCUGCAUUGGCAUGACGCUCGUCGGCAACUUCCAGCUGUCUAACCAUCUGACGCUCCAUGACGUUGGGUCCCGGAUGGCCUUUGGGCUGAGUAUGCUGUACUGCUGGGUCCAGUCUGUCAUCACGCUCAAGGCAGAAGGCCGCAGCAUCGUCGCUAUCCUACGAUUUCUGAUGUCCGCCGCCGUCACCAUCUGCAUGCUACUCUACUUCUCCCUACCGGUCCAUGGGAAUCUCAUGCAUGGGGCGCGUGCCCAGUGGGCCCUCGUCAUGCUCUUCCUCCUUUUCCUCUCCUCCUUUGCCUUCGAGUUACGGCACUACCACUUCCAGAUUGACUGCAUGGACGACCGGGAGCAGCCCCACAGCCACUAAGAAACCCUCUCCGUCCCUCAGCUAAAGGUCUGCAACGGGACGAGACUGCCACGGGAACCGCAAGAGGCGGCGCCAAAGCUCGUGUGCUCGUGGGAGCGG